AUGCCUGGCCAACCCACAGACGGCCUCUUCCUCUCCCCUGACCAACAAGAGCUUCUUAUGGCCGCACUCAAUUCCAACCAAUCUCCUGGAAAACAGCCAGCUCCCCACAACCAGAAGACCACCCCACAAAGUAUCAACUUCACUCCCAAUAUGUCCAGUGCUCCCGGCUCGGGUAAUCUCGAAUUCAGCGACGACAGUCCAUUCCUUGACUUUGAUCCCGAGGCCGACUUCGGCGACGACACCUUCGACUUUGACGAGAACAGCCGCAUGAUCGGCGAAAUUCCCGGAGAGCUACAUGACAAAAGGAAAAGUGUGGAUGGAAAUGGUGAAGACGACGAAGGAGGUGGGAAGCGACGAGAGGGUGAGGAUAAGACUGUCAAAAAGCCAGGAAGGAAGCCCCUGACUUCUGAGCCCACUUCGAAACGCAAGGCCCAAAACCGCGCCGCUCAACGAGCCUUCCGUGAACGCAAGGAGAAGCACCUCAAAGAUCUAGAAACCAAGGUCGAAGACCUGGAAAAGGCCUCGGAAUCUGCCAACCAUGAAAAUGGCCUUUUAAGGGCGCAAGUCGAGCGUCUACAAGUCGAAUUGAAGGAAUACCGCAAGCGGUUGUCUUGGAUCAGCAGUAAUGGCUUGAUGAGAUCGCAACCGAUCAUGGCGAACCAGGGACGGAAUCCGAGUGUUAAUAACCACAAUGAUUUCCAGUUCGAGUUCCCCAAGUUUGGUGAUCUUCCACCAAUGACUGCGACGAACCUGUUUGGCAAUUCGAACCCGAACUCGCAGAAGCAACAGACUAUCAAUGCGUCGAGACCGGCCACCCUUCCUAAUUCAAGCAUCUCUCCAGUCAAUCCAAAUUCCAAUGCCCACCGUUCCACCUCUAGCUCGCAGAAUCAACCCACCAGGUUUGGAUCUUUGAGCCAGUCACCUAUAAAUAACACAUACUCAGCAUCUCCUCCACCUCUGAAGGAGCAGCAGGGAAGCGUUGAUAGCCUAUCUGGAUUGUUCAGCCCAUCCAUCCUGGAAGCCAGUCAACAUGCCUCGCUGGGUGGAUACUUUCCCCAAAGCGCCUAUGGUACCACAAACCAAAAUGCCCGUACCAGCCUAGACAAUGGCGCGAUAGGCAACAAUUCGGGAGUCUACUCGAACCACAGUCUGUCAACUUCCGAUUCUCCCAGUUCCUCCACCGAGUCUCAAAACGCCACUUCGUCUAUCGGCACCUCUCCUGAGCCGAGUCUGAAUUCUCCGGCCAAUAAGUUGAACGAGCACACUCUCAAUCCUAUACGUGAAGAGAAUCAACUUUCUUUUGGCGGUAAGGACUACCUCUGCAACCAACUCCAACUGGCUUGUGGCUGCGCGGAUGACCCAAUACCUCCUAUCUUGAAUAUGUCUAACGGGAAAUCGUUAGGCUACGCUACCACCCCUGGUUUCGAUGCGAAUGGCAUCCACUGGCUUGCUCAGCAGAACAACAACGGCUUUGAUCCCAUCCUAUUUGGCGAUUAUCGCGAGACACAGGACAACAUCCUGUCACAAGAUUUUGGCGCUUUCUUCAACGAUGCCUAUCCCCUUCCUGACUUGGGCAGCCCUCUGCAUAAUUACAACGACCUCUCCACCGAAAAUGCUCCCAAGACUGAUUUAUUGAAACAAGUUGAGGAGGCCAAAAAUGGCAAUGAAGAAGUUGUUCCCAACAACGACAAACCUAUGACUUGCAAUAAGAUAUGGGAUCGCUUGCAAUCGAUGGAGAAAUUCCGAAACGGCGAGAUUGACAUUGACAACCUGUGUAGCGAGCUCCGUGCCAAGGCGAAGUGCUCUGAAGGUGGCGCCGUGGUCGACAAGAAGGAUGUUGACAAGAUCUUGGGCGCCGCGAAAUGA